AUGCCCGCGGCAUUUUCUGAAGACGAUGAGGUCAUUGUCAAGCAUGUUUUUCAUGUGUAUGCAGAUGUUGCGACCCACCGGGUGUCCAACUCGAAUUUCCGACGGCUCACGAUGGACGCACCCAACCUCUUGACAUCAUGGUUUGGGUUGGUAGAUGUCGACUUGGCGUACGCGCAAGCUCGUGGCCAUUCGUGUCGUCGACUGGAUGUGACGCAGUUUGUCGAGGCGCUCGUUUUUUUGGCGUGGCGGAAAUACCCGGAAGAAGCCGAGCAGAAUGCAUUCCUUCGACUGCUCAACGAAAGCAUCUACCUACUGCCGGUGGCGCCCAAGUCAGCCCAUGCUCGUGCGGCUGAAUUUGCCGUGGCUCGCCUUGGCCAGUCGGCCAACCAACCUCAUACGAUAAUCGCCAUGCCGACGUUUCUCGACCGAGAUCGCAACGUCGAUGAUAUUCUGUACGACAUCGAAGUCAAUGGCAAGCACAGCUUACACAUCGAUGAACCUGGGGACCCUGCUGACUUGGGCUCCAUGGUGCAGCUGGAACCGAUGCCAAUCUGGCCAAGUGACGAGGCUCGAGUGCAGCACGACAUCAAACGUGCAUCUGUGGAUGUGGUCAAAGUUGCAAUGGCGGGGUAUUUGUUGGCGACCCUCCGAGCGGUCGGCAAGUCGCACCAACGAGCGCAAUGUCGUCAGGCAUUUCAAAUUUGGAAUGACGUCAGUACAUGGCGCUCUCGUCGACUUCUAUGCCUGGCAACACUCGUACAAGUCCAUCGACGUCGACAUAUCCUGUGCGCAUGGAAGGUCUGGACAGAUUUUGCCCGUUGUGUGGAGACGUCGCAGCACCUACGAACGGUGACCAUGUCAUGGGCCAAAGAACGGCAGCGCCAUGUCGUUCUGUCGAUUUUGAAAGUGUGGCGCCAGACAGUCGACGAUGCGAAGGACGUUCGAGCUCAAUUCCGACGGAUUUGGAAGCAUCGACAAGCCCGACAACUCCGUUCUAGAUGGAUGCAGUGGCGAUGGAGCGCGUUUCACCGGCGAUCGUGCUCGGUAGUCUUGCGUGGCGUGCUUCGCUUGCGGCGCAAGGCACAGGUACAACGUGCAUGGUGGACAUGGUACCAACACAGUGCCCGUUUAGCGACACUGAAUUGUGUGGUGUGGAAGUCUUGGAAGCGGACUACUCGAACAGUUUACAUGGUGAUCUUUGCCCACUUCGACACCAAACGAGCUAGAAGCAACAGUCUCCACACGUUGAUGCGACGUACAGCUACCAAGUCUCUCUCCGCCGCGUGGACAACGUGGGUUGCCCACUGGGCAAUCCACACUCUACUUAUGUCUGGGGACAGUCGCCGCAAACAACGGUUGACUGCAAGAGCCGUAGCGUUGUGGCGGAAAUUGGUUGCCUUGCGGCAACUGCAAAAUGCUGCAACAAAGCGCCUUGGUCACGUCCUUCGGCGCCAUAUCCUUGCAAAGGCACUCGUCACCUUGCGCAAGGCGUAUUGGUUCCAUCAAGUGCAUGCUGUGAACACUAGCCUCAAAAGUGCCAACAUGGCCGCCAUGAUGAAGGCCCUUUACGUAACUCUGUGGCAUCUGUGGCAGCGACACUGCGCGCGAUCGUUUGCUACGUGGCGUCUUCAAACCUUCGAGGACCGCCGAGCCACCCAACAACGUCGAGUCAAGGCACUGGCGAGACUUGCCCAAGCUGCUCAACACCGCAGGCAAACAUGGGACAUUUUACAGCAGGGCUUUCGGCAGUGGCGUUGCAAAACGAACGAGUCACGUGAUUCAUCGCUUCGUGACGCUGCGCUGCACCAUGAAAGCAGUCAACGGCGCCUCGCCCUAGCCUACACGCUGUUAAGGCAGUGGCUCCAGCGCCACCGCCGCAAGCAAACUGCAGCAUCGUUUCAGUCGACUCAAGCUCUUGUUCAUGCCUCCCAAAAGCAAGCCGCCCUCAUGGCCCUGGCGAAAGCGAUGCAAACUCGAUGCAUUCGACAGUGGUGGCAUCACUGGUACCAGGUUGUGAACAGCUCGAGUUUGUGGCAGGUGCACUGGAGUCGCGAUGCAAGCUCGUACUAUGUCUGCAACACAUUGACGGGGCUGUCGCUAUGGACAUGUCCACGUGGCAGUGCCCUCGUACAAGAAGCACUCAAUGGCUAUGCGAACGCCCAUGCGAUCAAAGCAGCAACCUCCAUUCACCGCGUCUGGACUCGUCAACAAGACCAACUUACCGCGGCACAACUGCGGACUGCGCUGUCACGAUGGCGCGCGCUUACGCUAGAAGCGCGCGUGCAGUCGCACUACGAAUUCCAAGCAGCUGCCCACAUCGCAGAAACGCAUGCAUUGAUGGAAGCACAGGUUACGAGCUGCUACGACACCAGCUGCACCUUGCUCCAACAAGUUCGAGCAGUGCUGGUCGUGUUUGGGCAAUGGAAGACAUUGUGGACUGAAUCGAAAGGCACUGCUAGCAUGGUCGUUGCAAUCGCCACGUCAAAACGGUGUCUACGGCAGCUCGUCAAGGUGGUCGGUGAGUGGAAACGUGUGGUAUUCUUGCUGCCAAAUCAAGACACCGAGUUCGUCGUGCGUUCGACCUGCUUCGAUGGCACGCAGUCAUCAACCAACGCUGCCAUGACAACUUGGAACGCCGCAUCGUACAUUCUCGGACUCGACGAUGGUGGCAUCGCUGGACCGACGAAAUGGCCAGAGGUCGUGCCAUGGCCAUUCAGUGGCAACGCUGGCAGAACUUGCGGCUUGAACGAGCUUGGAGAACCUGGCGACGCGUUAUUGACAGUCGCCACCGUGCUCGGAUGGCUGUACUCGGUCUGGAAAGCCGACUUCAUCGUCGAAUAUGUCGACUUGCUAUGGAGCACUGGCGCCGCCGAUUGCGCCAGUUGA